AAACAGCGGCCAUUCGUGCCGUUCGUAUCUCGCGCGCGCACUACAUUUUUUACAGUCGGCGUGUGCGUUGCCCUCGUGCGCUACCCCCUUCUUGCGCUACUGCUACUGGUUCCCGGUGCUUCCGGGGUUGCGUUUUGGGGAUAUUUGCCAUACAUUGUGUGUAUUGAGGGUUGUGCAAAACCGAGCGGAAGAAGAAAAAGAAACAACCUCAACCAAAAUGCUGUCCCGUGCUGCUGUCCCGCGUGCGAAUCGUGCCGUGAGCACGGGAGCGGUGUGGACAACCCUUUGUGAAAGUGUUUGACGAGAAUGAGUGUCAGGUGUGAAAGUGUGCUAUCUUCAAAUAUUACCGUAGUGAACAGAACGAAAAUUAUCCCAUUUUGAGUGUCGUGGUCUUACUGCAAUCCUUUCGAAAACGAGUCCUAUCCAAUCAACUGGUUGCGGCAGGGGUGGGCGGUGGGACGCAGAGUGAAGCACGUUAAUCAACUGCGGAGGCGCUUGCAGGCGCCCGCAAGGAGAUGAAAGUCACUACCGUGCGACGUGUUCUGCUCCGACGUAACUCGUGGGCAAGUACGUGCAACCGUGGCAGCAUCAGCGGGACGGUGAAUAGCGAACGUUUCGGUGGUUGUUGGAGCCGUAUUGUAGGAGGAGGGUGCACGGGACGCUUCAAAGCUGCACUCUGCGCCUCGGCCGGAGGAAGCUGCCGCAGCUGCAUCGACAGUAACAACGACACCGCAGCCGCCGACAUCGAACGGCCUAAGCAGCGCAAACAGUGCAGAAAAGUGGUGUUGGCAACAUCGCGACAACGACGCCGCCAUCGACACAAUAGUCAAUUCUUUCGGGAAGACAACGACCACGACGACGACGACACCGGCGAGUACCAUUGUUCCUGGGUGCAUUGUUCUUGCGCCACGCCACCUCAUCCGUUGGGCAGCAUUUGCUCGCCGUUGGUGGUAGCAGGGCGAACCGAAGCUAAUACGCAUCCGUACCGUUGUUCGAUUCAGCGCGUGAACAAACGUACGCCGCAGUCCCGUCAGCAGCCGAAGGUGCGUUGUUGUUCGUCCAGCGUUCUACGGACACGUUACGAGCGACCUCUAGCGUCUAGUAGGCGAAAACCGUCCCACUUAUCGGUGGUGCAACGUUAUCGUUAUCGCCUGUCCCGACGGAGGCAGCUGGCGGCAGGAGGGACACACAAACAGCAAGGAAAGCGCUUAAACCAUUGUGCCAUUGCUUCAUCGGCGGUGCUAGUAGUGCGAUCGCCGUCCUCCUCGUGCGGCCGUUGUCGAUUCGAUCGUGUCUUUCGUAGACCCACCACCAUCUACUCCAAUGAUGGGCUACAUCAUGGGUUGUGCUUGUUUCAAAGGUAUGUGGAGAAAACAAUACCCAUCGAUUUUCCGUUAACGUAAGAAAAUAAAAAAUCGAUACAAAACACACCCACCCAUGCAAAAGAUGAAGGAAUGCCGCUCUGUCUCCGUGCGCUCGAGAGCACCGCGGCUGAUUGUGGUGUGUUUUUGUAUGGAUCUAGUUUUGCACGACCGUUGAUGGGUAUAACUUGCUUUGUUGUUCAUGGCUGGCUGCUCUAUCUGUGGCUCACUUUCGCGCUCUCCUUCACUCUCUCUCUCUCUCUCUCUCUCUCGCUCCGUUUCAACAAUCGUGCUACGGGUGAGUUCUAUAGUAUGUUAUGAAAUAGUUGUGGAAACAGUAGCAAUAAAACUAAGAAUGGAACACGAACUUCCGCCGGUUCCACCAACGGUGAUGGAGGGAACAAGCGGUUGGUGAAUGUUUUAUCAAACAUUACAUCACUCCUCUACCAGCUGAGGCUGGCGAGAAAAGGCAUUCCAGUGCCUGGUUUCGUGUCCCACCGGACCAGCGUUCGUAAACAGUAACGUUUCUCGACAUUUCGAUUGAUUGAUGGGAUAUUUUCCAUUCCAAUGAAAAGUGUGCACAAACGGGGAAGGAGGGUGAACUGCAUGCCGUUUUCUACCUUCACCUUUUGGCACACUGACAGACAGACGACGACAGCGAGAGGAGGAAAGCAGCUGAAAACGAAAAUUCCAAUGCUAGCGCAGAAGCAAGAGAGGAGGAAGGUAAACGCACAGCAAACGUUGAAUUGAUGCUUUCCGAACAGGAGGAAACUAACUGCCAAAAAUAUGCUGAACUUCACAUGCAGUCUCCCCCCC